AGAGGUGGAUGUGAGAAUUAAUUCAUGUAAGGACUUUUGAAGCUGCAAGCCGGCAGCGCACCCAGUGACACAGUAAUGUGUGGAGUUAGAGGGUGCGUGUUCCGAGUGACACAGUAAUGGGUGGAGUUAGAGGGUGCGUGUUCCGAGUGACACAGUAAUGGGUGGAGUUAGAGGGUGCGUGUUCUGAGUGACACAGUAAUGGGUGGAGUUAGAGGGUGCGUGUUCCGAGUGACAUGGCGAUAGUCACACAUUUCAUUUUCACUAAUCCUGUACUCUUCCUCCCGCAGGCUCUCCAGCACCCAGUGUAAAGUCUGUAAAUCAGAAAUAUGAAUUCUGCAACAAUUCUUUGAACCUGGCAAACAGACACAUGAUUGUUAUCAUGCAUAUGAAGACCGUUUGCAGUUCCAAGCAAAUAAUAUUUAAGUGUACAUUAAAAGGUUUUACAGCGUACCUUCACAAUGAGUCCUGCGUUUACAUGCAAACACCAGACGAGUUCAUUAAAACUUAUCACCUGGAAUAUGGAAAUAGAGGGGAAUUCAUUAUAUCUACACCCAUAGGUAGGUUGCCAAUCACAUCACAAAUAUGUGCUGAUGUAUCUACCUCUCCAUGUCUGUCAUUAUCUGUCAUCACCCAACACUCAAUGUUUGUCAUUAUCUGUCAAUCUGUUAUCAUCCAACUCUCAAUGUCUGUCAUCACCCAACGCUCACUGUCUGUCAUCAUCUGUCAACACUCAACGCUCAAUAGCAAAUAGUUAAAAAUAAAAAACCUUGGUGUAGUGAUUCAAUCUACCGAACAACCGCACAAAUGAAUAGACCACCUGGGAGCUGGAGUGUGCCGGCAAUUAGCCUCCCAGAAGCUGCGGUUAACCGCAGCUUAAUUGACGAAUACUGGGUAGCCGCCAUUCGUAUGACGAACACGAGGUCGCGGCCAUUUUAAACCCGCAAACGCACAGCGGUGUUCGACACCUAACUCAUGGAACUAAAAUCGGACACAGUUUGGCGCGAACACCGCUGAAGCCGCCAACCUCCUUUCUUGUUCGGCGGGAGUGCGCAAACUGCCCUGUGUUCAGGAAUUUUACCUGACUAUGUUAUACCCCAGAUAGGAAUCCCGUGGAGCCCAUUCGUAUGAGAACUGACUUUGUGGGCACUUUGGCUCCAUGGCGAUUAAACUGUAUUCGUGUGGUCUGAGCGCCAUUCGCUUAAUAAUGUGCGCUCAGACCUGAGCUAUCUGGUUAAAUGUAUGAUUUUAAUGUUAUGUGUCUUGCAUGGUAUAUUUUAAUAGUAAUUCUUGUGUUAGUAUCCCAGCGUGCAUAAUGGCGAUUUGCCUUUGUCCUGGGAGAUAAUUGAAUUACUUCUCAAUUAUCUCCAGGGCAGAGAGGAGGAAGCCAGGAUGCAUUGUGGGAAUGUAAUGUGACUGUCUGUUCUGUUUUUCUGAUCGUCUGUCUUUUGUCAGUCUCCCAUUUGAUUUCCUAGGGGAGUGUACACCAGGUGGGAGACCUGCAUAAAUACUGGGCAGGUAGCCCUCAUUAAACAGACCACUGCUUGACCCUCAACACGGAGCCUUGUCAGAUGAGUCUUUGGGGGGAUUUACUGUAUGCUGAUAGAGACUGACUGCUAGGAGUGUAAGCCGCUUGGAGGCUUUUCCUAUUCGUCUACUAGCAGCUAUUCGUAUGGUUCCAGUUCGGGAGUUUGGAGUGCUAUAUUGUAUGCAGUUCGGGAGAUUGGAGCAUUCCCUUACAUGCGGUUCAGGACUUUGGUGUUCUACAGUAGCUGUGCCUGCAUCUCUGAAAGGGGACGAUCGCCUAAACGGUUUUAACCCCUUGUGUGCUGAAACGGUCAGUUACAGCUAUGUUUAUAAAAAAAAUGGGUUAACCCUAGCUGGACCUGGCACCCAUACCACUUCAUUAAGCUGAAGUGGUCUGGGUGCCUAGAGUGGUCCUUUAAUGUAUUAAGGUACUUUUGGGGUGUUUGUUUUUUUGGUUUUUUUUUAUUAUUUUUUUUUGUGCCUGGAGAUAAUUGAGUUUAAUACAGUGCUUGACUCAAUUAUCUCCCAGGCACAGAGGAGGGAUUAUCUUGUUUUGUAUGGGAAUGUCCUGGACCUGAGAGCCAAUGUAAUCAUGUGUGUGUUUUUACUGUAGUCUACUCUCAGGUCCAGGGGGGAGUGCCCCUUGCAUGGGGACCUGCAUAUAAGGCCAGUUGUGGCUGCCAAUAAACGUAUUCCUGCUUGUACUCUCAGAACUAGGUGUUGUCCGGUUACUGGGAGGGGAAAGGGCUAAUCACUGUUCCAGCGUGGAGGAUUCAACAUGGAAAGUCCUGGUAAGGACUAGAGCUCCCAGGACUGAGUGUCGUCCAGUGCCUGGGGGUUGCUAGGGCGAAUUCUCCAUUCGGCCCCAGGAGGGAGUGGUUCCAGGGCCCCAGUCCAGUCACGGCAACUGAGGGCUAGAGUGCUGAGGUUUGUCCUCUGUUCCAGUUAAUAAGCCGUCCUUGGCAGAGGUACCCAGCCAGGGGUACAGGGAGCUCUGCUACAAUCUUUUACAGCUGGAGCUCUACAUUGGACUUUUCGCCUCCUGGGCUGCCUCUGCCAUUUUGGGAGCAGUGCUUGCACUCGGAUUGGGUCCCUGCGGCUCUGCCACGCUUUCUCUGGGGCGCAGGUGAAUCUCUGGGGGUGGGGGAGAUCGGGGGCCAUGUAUCCCACACGCUGACCAAACUUGUAGGCCGCACUUGAGGGGGAGGUGAAAGUGUCAUGAAGCAUCGCUUGUUUGGUACCAGUGUCACUUCUUCUCUGGUAUCCUUUCUGUGAGAUUUUAGCCUCAUUUGUUGUGCAUUUCGGCUGUUUUAGUGUCUUAGAGGAGAAGCUGCUGGAGCAUGCUUCCACUCGGCUCAGCGGUCAGACCUCGCCCCCUCACAUCUUUUUUUUGCUGUUGAUCCGAAAGAAUGCAAAAAUCCAGUUACAUUUUUUUUUCAAUUUUGCAGCAAACUUCUUUACCACAGAAUGGCAGUCAGAUCUCUCCGCAUAUCAGCAUUGUAUCUAUCAUGAGGCUAACAUGGCCUUGGGUUGGCACUUUAAUGAGGGGGUGGAAAGUAAAUGCCUCCCCCAGACACUAGUGUUUGCCUGUCAUGGAGCGCUCGGCUACCUCGCGUGCCACGCAGUGAUGCUGGAAGCCAGACUAUGACGUCACACCGGCCCUGGCAUCCCUAAACGGCACGCCAUGGAACAGCGCAAGAAGAUAACAGCCACAGUAGCCACGCUGGAUCCCAGAGAAAAGAUCCACUCAACCUUUCCCAAAGGAUAGGGUGAGCUUUUGUUGGGAUAAGGGUUGCCCUCGAAGGCACAAUAGGUAAGGGCUCAAACAGCCCUACUAUCCCCUCGUUGUUAUCCUUAAGAUUAGGAUCUCUCCACAAUAUUCUAUUUUAUUAUUUAUUUUUGAUCGGUGCCUGUGAUUCCAUUGGAACAAGUGCAUAUUUAACUAUUACCGAGAAGCUGUAGUUAUCUUUGUCACCCCAGUGUUAGAGAGUAUAAUACCGUUGGGAAUUGUAAUUGUCGAUAUAUGUACCACAACUGUUAUAAGUACACCAAGGCUGUAGACGUUACAAUAAUGUUAUUUUCUGCAACUGUGAAACUGCAGCAACCUUACAUAUUGUAGCUGGUUAGCAAAUCAUCUUUUUGUAUCUAUAUCAAUGACCACUUUUCUACCGUUUUGCUAGUGUUAAUUGGGCAAUAGCUUAGUAGAGCCUUGUACUGUCUACUCAUAAUAUUGUCUGUUGAGAUAAAUUAUCUUGACAUUUCGUCCCCGAUCUUACGAGCUCGAGUGGGUCAUUAGGGAACCAUGACAAUUGCCAUUACCACUAUAUCAAUAUUAUUCUGUAUAAUGACAAUUAAAUAAAAGUCAACUUGUCCACUAUUUUUGGACAUUUUAAUUUAUGAAUUAUUAAAAGUGAUGUUUUAACGUUUAAUUGUAAUUUAUCUUUUCAGUAUUCCACUUUUUCUAUACAUUUUAUUUUUGCAUUCUCCAAUUCUCUGUUUGGUAUGUCCUUUAAAUAUUAUAUAUAAUAUGUAUGGGUGCACGUAAACAUGGGAAAAUUGUGGUAGAAUGAACACAUGGUAAAAAUGCCCAUGAGGUCUUGGUCACACACAUGCUGCAUCUCAAAAUAUACUUGGUACUCGUGGGUGAAUACAGUCCGGCCCCGGAGCUUUGUUUAUAUUAACUUUCUUGCUGCUGUAGCACCUUGUCUUGAGUCAUCCAAUUCCAAAAUUUCUGCAAGCAUUUUUGCAGCAAUGAUUUGCAUACGUUUUGCCAUUGGAUCCUCCUUAUUUUUUGCUGAUGAAAAUGCUGUGCCUUUACCUUGUCUUCAUUAAAUAAUGUUUUCCAUGUGUAUCUACACUUACAUGUGUUUUUUUUUUUUUUUUUCUUCAAGAAUUGAUGUAAGUUUAUGGGGUUAGUUUUGCCUUCUUUGGCUAUCACGUUCUCAUUUUAUAGCUUAGCCCAUGAUGAUUCAUUGUAUAAAAGCCUGGGUUAAGUUACUAAUCAGUUGUUUACUACAGUAAUUAUAUUCUUCCUCUGAAAAUCUCUGGGAUAGCUAAAUAGGGUCUGUGCCUGUUUAAACUGAGCGAUUUCUCUCUAACCAAUUCUAACAAACUUUGUAUAUUGUAACAGAUCAACUUAAUGAGAAUGCAUCCGAGAUACCGGGGACCAAUAAGAUGACUGUUUUGGCUCUCAGCAACCGAACAGACUCCAGAAAUCAGACGGAGUCCAGCCGCCAUUCCCUUCCUCAAUUGGCAACCCGUUUAGUUAUUAUACUCGUUGCACUGAUCCUGCCUCCAGCAAUCUAUUUUUUCUACCUCCAUAGGAAAGUUAGGAAUUCUCAGCAAAACACACAUGUUCGGUAAGUCUGAAUCUGCAUCCUACACCCUCCCCGUUUCUCUAGUGACCUAAAAAUCACCACUAUCCCUCACCCUCUAACAAACCCCACUACUAUCACUGACCUCUCUGCUCAUUGACUCUCUGGGUCCUUCACCAUUUUAAAGGUUUCCCCUCAAAUCCUUCCAUACUUUUCAAAAACUAGGGCUCCGUACCUCGCUUAUCCAAUCCUGUACAUGACCUCUCUACAUCCCUUGCCAUCACCAAAGGCUUCCUAUUAAAGUUCCAUUGAUUUAGAGAGACCCAUUUCUAGCCAAUCCACUUCUUGUUCUGUAUUUAUCUACGGUCAGUAGAUCCGUCCUCCCCAAUCCCUUUUUGACUUGACAAGGUUGUCCGAGAGGCAUGUUUAGUAACUGAUUAGUGGGCCUUUCGGAUGUAGCAUUUAUAUUCAUUCUUAAUAUGUAUUAAUACCUAGGUGAGAGCCUCCGCCAUGUAUCCCACUUCUAACUCUUAUACAAAGUUAUAUUUUGAGCACUCCCAUUCCUUUCUCUUCCCUGUAUUGUCCCAUACUGCCAUUCUUUGUUGAAUAUACCACCUCUUUUGCCUUCAGAUGUCUUCUCGAUCCUUACUGAACGAAAGGCAUUCCCAAUAAGCUCAGGUUUAAAUCGUAUUUCGUUUUUAUAAUGAAGGCGUUGAAGGAUAUGCACCAAUUAUUGCAAUUGUUAUAAUUUUAAUAAUAUUAAAGUUUAUACAGUACAAACCUACUUCUUCACCUUUGUUGAAAAUGAACAUAUUUGAGGAUAUUGGGGUCAUAAAUUGUCACUUUGACUAUAUAUUGUCCAGUUAUUGCACUGGUAAAAGAACAUGGAGCAGAGGCGGAUAUUAACUCCUUCUUUUUUUUACUUUUAAGGGUGCAGUACAAUCAAGUUACCAGAUCAGAUGAUCUGAACGGGCAACAUUCUGUGGAAGGAGAAGCCCAGUCACCAGUCUCCGAUGAACGCCUUACCAAUAACACUGGCCAGAAUGGUAUCGGUGGAAUAGACUGUGACUCUGUAUAGAAUACAGAGUGAAACGCUGGGCUCGCAUGAUUAAUUACAGUUUUUAUCUCUCACUGAUUCUUUAUUCUUUUUACUUUUACAACUUUUCUGAUUGCCUGGUGGAGGAUGCUUCCAUACAAGGCAGUUAUUAUGGUGGCACAGCAUUAAUUCACUGAUCAUAGUUACUAUAUCUGAUAGAUUCCUUAAUGCUAUGCCUUUUUCCUGUUUGUUUUUUAGUUGACACCUAGUAGUCAAAUUGGAAGCAAAUUUUGUAGAUUUUAUUUCUAAUUUUGGCUACUUUGGCAUAAAUGUUACUAAUCAGUUGUCAUCAUAAACAUAAGACACCACAGGUAACCGUAAUGAAUACGGUUUAAAUGAUCUGUCUAUGUGAUUUUAGAGACAUAUUGUUGACAAAGGGCAGCAGAUUGAGUUCCAGACACUAUAUCAGGUCAUGGGUUUAGCGGCUUGGAGCGUUCCUUUAACUAAGAUUGUACUUUGUACUUUUUAAUGGCAUUACAUUUUUUUAGGGGAGGGAGAUAGUUUGAAUUUGAUACAAUUCAUGGGGUCAUUAGAAUGUGGGUGUAAUCCUUAGUGGGUGUAAUCUAUGAAAUUCCCACUUACCUCUAGAACAAAUCGUUCUGGACAGGUCACGUGAUAGGUGCCAAACUGGAAUCUGAACAACUUUGCAUCCAUUUUAUACCUUUUUAUAUUAUUGGAAAUUGGGGUAAAACAUUUUUUUUCCACAUUCUGUUUUUUUUAUUUUAUUAACAUGCCUUAACAUUGUUUUAAAACAUUAUUAUUAUUAUUAUUAUUAUUAUUAUACAUUGUUGCAGUUUUAAUAAAUUGAAAUAAUUAAGACAUUAGACAAUUAUUUUAUGCUUAAAUUGUCUUUAAUUCACGUUUUGCUAUACAAGACACGAGCUCCAUUAACUACUUCACUGCCAAAAUAGAGGAUGAACAUUUUUAUUUUAAUGUAUUUUUACAGUAUACAAUUCAGUCCAUAAAUCCUUACUUGACCUUCUUUAUACACUAAGAAUAAUUACCAGCCUGCAAAGGAAUGAAUUUCUCUGCCCGAAGCCACUAGUUACUGAUAUAAUGAAUGUAAAGUUGCUGAAAAAACACCCCUGCUGAAGCAGUACAGAAAGUUUCAAUGGGUCAUACCAUUCUUGCAGUGAGAACUGGAAGGCUCAUUUCACUGUCAGCAUUACAUUAACAAUCCAGUUAUUGAUAAAAAUAGCUACAGUUUUGAAUAACUUUUUUUAGAAGGUAUUUCAAAAAUGGAAUACAUGCAGACAUUCUUUUUAAAAUCUGUUUCCAUUGCCCGUAAGCUGUAUAGCUAGUAAUGCAUUUUGGUCCUUACAAAUACCAAUAACAAGGCGUUUAACAAUCUUUGUCGCAUUUACUGUAUGUGAGAAUUUGCGUUUCUGCUUUCAUACCAACUUUCUGACCCUGUAUGAUGUUUUGUACGAUAACAGACAUUGUAUACUGUCUAUAGCUUUUCAUGUCCCGAAUAUUUUUUAUAAAGGAUGAAUGAAUAAGUGAAACAUAACAUUUGUGUAAAUUGACAUUUUAAUGUUUGUUUGUCUGCAAAGCAAUCUAUACACUAAAUUGCUGUGCUAUUUUUGUAGCCUAGGUAUGUGUCCCUUGCUUCAAAUAAAUGUUAUGCUAAUAUGUUUUCAAUCAAAACGUGCUUGUCUGUGAAGUGUUAGUAACAACAAAACAAAAUAAAUUUUUAAUAGUGUCCAGUGAUUUU